AUGGCACCUCACGAUGGCCUCGUCCACCCAAAAGAAUACGACAUCAAAGACAGCAACGUCGAGCUAAUCGGCAGCGACCUCGACCACCGCGUCAAGUAUAACUCAGCGCUCACCGAACCCGCCUGGCAAACCAUCCCCAAAGUCCCAGGCCUCACAAUCUGGCGCAUCGAAAACUUUCAAGUAAUCCCCUGGCCGAGUGACAAAACCGGCGAAUUCUACGAUGGCGACAGCUAUAUCGUCCUACACACCUACAAAGUCGGCGACGACAAGCUCGGCCACGAUAUCUUCUUCUGGCUCGGCAGCAAAACAACCCAAGAUGAAGCAGGUGUCGCCGCAUACAAGACCGUCGAGCUGGAUGAGUUCCUGCAUGGAGCUGCGACACAACACCGCGAGGUGCAACAACACCCCUCUGACGAGUUCCUCGCUUUGUUCCGGAACUACAGGAUCCGGUCGGGUGGUGUGCGCUCGGGAUUCACGCAUGUUGAUCCCGAGGCUCAGGCUCGUCCGGAAGUGUUGACGUUACUGCGUGUUUUCAAACAUCCCGGUAUUGCGCGUGUUGAUUCGCUUAUCGUGCAUGAGGUCGAGCCGAAGUGGGAGAGUCUCGAUGAGAGUGAUGUUUUUGUUUUGGAUAAGGGGGAUAAGAUUUGGGUUUGGCAGGGGAAGAAAUGUAGCCCGAUGGAGAAGGCUAAGGCGGCGCAGGUGGUUAAUGAUAUGACGCAGGCGAAGCAUGUUGAUGUUGAGGUUUUGUCGCAGCUUGAGUCUAGGUCGAAGAUCUUUGUUGAUUUGCUCGGUGGGAGGGAUGUUGCCCCAUCGACCUUGGAGGCGCCGAGACCUGGGCGUACUCGUCCACGCAAGCUUUUCAGACUCAGUGAUGCUUCUGGAGAAUUGUCUUUUGAUCUUGUUAAGAAUGGAGAUCGGGUUGAUCGGUCUGAUCUGGAUGGGAAGGAUGUUUUCCUUUAUGAUACUGGGAACAGAAUCUGGGUUUGGCAGGGGUCUGAGGCUAGUGCGAGGGAAAAGGCGAUGUGGCUCAAGGUUGCGCAAUGCUAUGUUCGGAAGAUUGAGGAGAGUCAGGAGUCUUCUGAGGCGUAUCUCACGCCGAUUUCGAAGGUUGCGCAAGGGCAUGAGAGCCCGGCAUUUUUCAAGGCUUUGGAGGUCUGA